AUGAUCAAAACGCUGCUCUUGAUCCUCAUCACAAUCUUCAUCCCACCCCUCGGUGUCUUUCUCGUAGCGGGCUGCGGCGCCGACUUCUUCAUCAACCUACUCCUCACAAUCCUGGGCUACUUUCCCGGUCAUAUCCACGCCUUUUACGUCGAAUACGUGUACAUCAAGCGACGCGACGAGAUACGCGCGGGCAUUUACAACGCGCGUCCUGCACCGGGUGUGUACAGUCAGAAAGUACAGAAUGGAGGCCACAAUAGCGUGCCUGUCGCGCCUCCGCCUGCGGGCGUAGAGGCAGGACAUGGGGUUGUGCCGGCACAGCAGGGUUACGUUCAGCAGCAGCCACAGGGAUAUGGAACGGUGCAUUAG